AUGAGCAGAAAAGUAGUGAAUCUAGACUUCAAGGGAUUUCACCAGAAGGCAAUGAAUUAUGAUUGGAAGAAGAAGGUGGGCACCAAUCUCCCAGAUAACUUAUGUACAGUUGUUAGUUCUGUUCUUUUCAUGCCUCUGGCAAACGAGCGUGGAAUUGAAUCUCCCACUGUCCGAGCCAUGGCUUGGUUUUCUGCAGCAGUUUCUUCAGGAAUUCCUCUUGUAUUUGUUAACAUUCAAUCAGAACAAAUUAUCACCUCGACGAGAAAUAAUGUGACAAGCAAAGAGCUAACUUGGGGUAAACAACAAAAUACCGCUGUAAACAUUGUACAAGGUAUAAGACUUUGGUUUCUUCCAGGUGUUGCAGAGGAAACACUAGAACUGUUUCCUCAAUCAGGAGAAACCAGAUAUGGUAUGGAUAUCAGACAAACCGACGAGGACAGGUUCCUGAGGGACGAUUCCAAAAUGAGACCUAAGAUCAUGAAGGCCGAGCUUGCGUAUGUCAAUCUCAUCAAUUAUUAUCUUCCCACUAUAAGCUUUAUGUCAAAAGAGGGGGAUCGCUGCAACUUCCUCGUCGUGGCUGCAGCGACGACUCUGGACCAAUCACCACUCAUCGCCGCGGCUGUCGGUGGGUAA